AUGUCCAGUAUGGAUGAAAGUUUGAACUUGUUUCAGGUGCUUUUUAACUUUCGGCUGGGCUUCCGAAGAUCCUUUUCCAAUUCUUAUUACUGCGACAACUCGAUGGUCGCAAAUCAAAGCAUCGUAGGAAGUGGAGACAGCUGGAGAGCAAGUCACGACAAAAGAUAUUAUUUAAGCUUUACUGUGGCAGACACGGGAUAUCAUUGCACCGAUUUCAGUGUUCAGGAGGACUGGACACAAGGGGAAAACAGUUUUGAGUAUACUUUCUCGGAUGAAGGACCCUGGCUGAUAAGUUAUUCAAGUUGCUGUUGGAUCUCAUUAGCGAAUGGAGGCAGUAGUUGGCUUCUCUCGACCACUGUCAACCUGACAAGGCGGCAGGAUGACGGAAAAAUCAACUCAUCUCCGAUCUCAGCAAUGGCUCCCAUCGUUCGACACCAGCAAGGCUGCCCAAAAACAAUCACUAUUCCCGCCGAGGACUCGGAUGGUGAUAAAGUUCACUGUCGAUGGUCGAUUGGCUAUUACAGAGAGUGUGGUGGUGUAUGUCAAAGCUUUCAAAGCGGCGCUUUGGACGAAGGGAAAUGCACUUUGAGUCUCCCUAGCAAUAUAGCUCUCGGUUGGCAUGCAGUGGCUAUUACCUUAGAAGAUUACCCAGCUUCAACGACCAACUUCCAAAGCGCCACUCCAUACAGUCAUGUGAGCCUGCAGUUUCUUGUACACGUGAGUCCAUCUUCCGGGCCGUGUAAUAGGGCUCCAGUCCUAAUAGGCCAAAGUCCAAACGACGGAUCUUGUGAGGAAGUGUCAAAUGGAAACACAUUCAACAGCGUUAUUGAAGCAAAACAUAUCGACUCCUCCAGAAGCAUUGCAGAGAUUAUCACUGUCACACCACUUUAUAUGGUUAUUUCUGGCCUCCUGAAUUACACUGAUUCGAUCGGGGAUACAGUAUUCUACAGGAACGCGUCGUGGAAUCCGCGAUUGUCUCAGAAAGGACGACAUAUCUUUUGUUUCAAGGCAGUUGACAACUUCGGAAUUGAAAGCAAGCAAAGAUGUAUCACUAUUAUCGUCGGAUCAAACAGCACUCCAAAUCCGUUAUUGUACUCCCGUGUUCCUGUGGUUCCUCGUUUGUCAUGGCCGUGGUGGUUUGGAUUUGUGGACUUUAACAUAACGUUUGACCAACAGAUCAAAAGACCACGUCAUUCCAAGUUUAUAAGGAUCGUCUUGGAAGAUCACGUGAUAUACAAACUUGACACACGCUCUUCGAGUGAAGUCACCGUUGAUAAAUUCAGCCUUAAAUUCCGCCUGCCGCAAGUUGUUCUCAGCAUGCGAGGAAAUUAUUCUAUCACCAUGGACCGUGGUGUUGUCGUGGGCCUCGGUUGUACAUCGGAUGGUCCGCCCUCACCAGGCUUCAGCUCGUUGAAAGACUGGCCAUUUGAUGUUGGAGUUUGUUCUAAGGGCACUUACAUGGGUCAGAAUAAUCAGUGUCGUGACGUAAAUGAAUGUUCGAAGGCGCCGUCCAUUCUGAGUCGCAAGAAAAGAAGUCAUCGGUAUUGGCGCUAUUACACUUCUGCGCAAGCCAUGGCAUCAAGUAUGCCCACUACUAGUUUUUCACCGACGCCAGGUAAUUCAGCGGUGUUCAGUUCGAUAUCUCCAACCAGGUCGUCUAGUCAUAUUCCAUGGACCGUGUCCGCUAAUGAGUGCACGAGUCACUACUUUUUGGAGGAUUUUGGAAGAUCAGUUAACUACGUCGGGAAUGUCACAUGCGACGACGGCCUUGCCCAUGGCUGGUACAGAUUUCGCGGUGCAGCAGGAACUCAAAUGCCCACCUACUGUGUGGGAAAGUACCAUUGUGGAACGCAUGCGCCUGGCUGGCUGAGAGGUGCGCACCCUUCCGUAGCUGACGGGAUUAUCCGUGCGUUGGUGUGCUUCCACUGGGGGUCGCAAUGUUGUUCGUGGUCCACGAUCAUCCGCGUGCGCAACUGUGGUGGAUUUUAUGUCUACGAACUAAGACGACCACCGGCUUGUCAUCUGCGUUACUGCGGAGGUAACGUCCAGUCAACUCCAGUGAUGCGUAUUUCUUCUAGCGUGGUAACAUCUUCACACGCAAAACGAAGCGUCCAGUCAACUCCAGUGAUGCGUACUUCUCCUAACGUGAUGACAUCUUCACACACAAGUGCCAACUCGUUGAACAUAAAAGCAACGGUUGCUACAGUAAUGCCUGUUGCGUCCAGUACACCAUUUGUGCUACACCUUCCCGCCAAUUGCCAGCAUGACUGUGUUAACACAUGGGGAAGUUAUUACUGCACUUGCCGUCAAGGAUACAGAUUAGAGGCGGAUGGGAAAACAUGUCAGGAUAUAAACGAAUGCUUAACUCAAAAUGGAGGCUGCACCCAUCAGUGUGUGAAUAUCCCAGGAGGUCACUAUUGCAAAUGUCCCGAGGGUGUAACAAUGGGCUUUGAUAACAAGACUUGCCAUGAACCUGGUAUUACAGUGAAAUGUACAGCUGAAGCAAUGUUUAUCUUUCUGGAGAGAAAAACUUUCCAAGGCUUUGAUCCAAACAAACUGACACUUCUUUACCCGUCAUGCCGUGCGUCCUACAACGAUUCCCACAUUUCCUUGCGCACGAGUCUCAAUGACUGUGGAACCACUCAUAACGAAAGCGAGGACGCGAUAACUUUCUACAACAAAGUGCGAAGUGUCCAGUCCUACUCCGGCAGCAUCAUCACUCGGGAGCAAAAUGUGUCAAUUCCUUUCUACUGCAGUUAUGGACGUAAGGCCCGGCUACGAAAUCCAAGUUUCAAAACCUGGAAGAAUCAUUUCACAGCUUCGGAAGGUGGAUAUGGCAACUUCACCUUCACUAUGGAUCUAUUCAAGACGGGCAGAUAUCUUACACCGUUCAGUUACAAUGACUAUCCAAUCACGGUUCAUCUUCGGGAUCAGUUAUUUCUUCAGUUGACGGUACAGUCACACCAAUCUAACCUGGUUCUCUUUGUCGACACCUGCAAGGCGACUCCCACUCCUGAUCCGUACUCAGUUCCUCAGUAUGUCUUCUUACAGAGAGGAUGUAAGCUGGAUUCUACCCUCAAUUAUUCGUACUCCAUCAGCUCCAAACAGCGUUUUAGCAUUCAAGCGUUUCGUUUUAUUGAAGACCAUCCAGUAGUGCAUCUUCACUGUGAAGUCCUGGCUUGCCACCGUAACACUGCCCGGUCUCGCUGCCUCCAGGGAUGCUCCCGCUAUCGAGGACGGAGAGACGAGGUGCCUGGUUCUGAGAGUACUCAAGUGUACGAAAUGUCGUCAGGACCAAUCAAAUACCAGAACGGGGCGAGUGCAACGGACACGACAGAAGCUGAAACUCAAACCAACAUGGAGAUCAUUACAGUAGUGGCGGCAUCCGGCGGAUUUUGCCUCCUUCUUGUUAUCAUUCUCACCAUCGUCGUUAUUCGAAUCAAGAAGCGUCUCAAAGGAGCCUUCGCAGAUCGCAACAAAGUCUACCCCAUGGAACAGUGUGGCAAUCACGUCAAGGAAGACAACAACAACAACUUGGGUUUCGUUCAGGAUGACGAACUGAACGAGAUGGGGUACAAGCCGAUCAUUAUGAAACCGCGUGCUCUUGAUGCCGUUACUUCGGAGAGAGCUUGAUACGAAGAAUGGAGUGUUUCCUGAGGGUCUCUCUCAUCUUGGAUGUAUAUUAAGGACUGGAAUACUCGUGGGAAAAUGUUAAUUUCACCUCCAAAAGGGGACUGAUCUGGAUAUAGCUGGUGCAUCAGGUUUUUUUGGCCCCCAAACAUGUCAAUUAAAAAUCUAAGCAAUCUCAUAGCAAUGUUUUUUCUUAUUGAUGGAGACUACAAAAACAGCGCGACAGGUUUGUUUAAUGCCUUCCGAAGAAAUCUAGAACAGGUACAUCGACAAUUAACUAUUUUAGUGUUUCUGCUGGGAUACUCCCAGUGAUGCAAAAAUCUACACCUUCAUCCUUCCUUAAAUUACGAGCAUUCCAGGUCCUCUCAUCGUGUUGGAGACCCACGGGGAAUACUGAUUGCUUGUUUCCCAUUGGUAAUAUAACUUGCACUUGUGGCUACUGGUGGGUUACAUUUUUCACUUUUUUCUUUUCCAGUUGUACACACAAUUUAGAUGCUUCUCUCAAAGCUACAAUUCUGCUUUAGAGCAAAAGGCAUGGUGUGUUGCAGCCCGAUGUAUUUUUAUUGUGCGUGUGUUUUUCUUAAUCAGACUGAUGGUCAGACGAUGAAAAUAGGGCAGGCAUAAGUGUUUGCCAUCAUCACUUAGGUAGCUUUUUCGUAGAGUUUUACUACAUGACCCACAGAAAAAAAAGAGCUUUAAAAAUGUAUUGAUGUCGUGUAGUGGAGUUGUGCUAUUACUUGAGGCGAAUAUUAAUCAUCUGAGUGUGCCUCUUUUGUUGUCAUCGCUAAGAUUAUUAAGGGGUUUUCUUGAAUAUUUAGCAUAUUGUAUCCGCUUAUAUUAC